AUGGCAGAGCUGGCGCGAUGCUCUCAUGACAAGAUGGUUUGGUUUCUUGCUCCCACGGUACCUCUUGCAACUCAGCAGAAAGAAGCCAUCGGGGCGUACAUUCCAGCUAUUAAGCUACGACUUUUGAUUGGACCGGAUGGCGUAGACCGCUGGAGCAAUCAGGAUACUUGGGAUGCUGCGCUUCUGGACAUGAGGAUAAUUGUCUCCACACCUGCCGUUUUGGCGGAAGCCUUGGAACAUGGGUUUAUCAAGAUAGAAAAACUGGCCCUCCUUGUGUUUGAUGAAGCACACAAUUCCAGCCCAAUCAUGCGAUCGAGGGUCAGCGAUAUAAGGAAAAUUGAGAGGAACCUUCAUGCAGUCAGCAGAACUCCCCAAUUAGAACGGCAUGAACUCAUGAAAUAUGUACGGUCCGGAGCAUUGCUCACGGCACAACCAGAAGAUCCUCUGAGAAGAUUUUGCGCCAAAGUCGAGAGAGUCUAUGCUACAUUGGGGGCCUGGGCAGCCGACUAUUUUGUUGUCGAGUCGUGCCAAAGACUUGUGAAUCAGGUGGCUAUCGACAGCGAAGGUUUAUGGGCUGAUGCGGGAAAGUUGAGGCUGGGAGAGUUGCUAAGGGACGCCGUAUCUGCGAAGCAAUAUCAUGACACCUUUUCGGGGAUUGUGUUUGUCAAAGAAAGGGUGAUCGCUCACGCAUUGGCAACAGUGAUUGCACAUCAUCCAAUGACCCAAGAUCUGUUCCGUUGCCAGUCGUGCGUGGGUAUAACACAGAGAGCCAAAAAGUGGAAUAUAUGGGACAAUCUAGAUCAGGCAGACGGCCGACUGAACCUAGUUAUUGCAACAAACGUCCUAGAGGAGGAAAUCGAUCUGACAGCUUGUAACGUAGUCAGGCGAGGACGCGCUCGACAAGAGAAGUCUACCUUUGCGAUUAUGGUCUCAAGUGACUGCGAGACGAAGACGAUCUCCCAGUGGCGGGACCUUGAGAAAGAUAUGAUUCGACUUUAUCAGGAUCAUGAGCGGAUGGUCCAGGACCUUGAGGCAUUGGAGAUGCAUCCUGAGCCUGUCCCAUUCCGGCUGAGUGCAUUACUGACGGCUGAGUCUGCUAUUCCGCAUCUUCAUCACUUCUGCAGUACCAUAAGGGCUGAGCCACACGUUGACACUCGUCCGGUGUACAAGGUCGAAAGACAGUGCGGUAUGUCCAGGGCUUCGGUGAUACUUCCCAGUAGCAUUGACCCGUCCCUCCGUCUUAGGCAAGGCGUCUCAUGGUGGCUCACGGAUCGUGCUGCUAAACGGGACGCUGCCUUCCAGGCAUAUGCGUCGCUCCACCGAGCCAAGCUUGUAAAUGACAAUCUUCUUCCAUCUUCUCAAGAUGGAAAUCCAUUCCAGGCCCCUGACGAAGCGUAUUAUGGUCAGGCAUCCUCGAGGAUCGCCGUACGGGAAAGCCACAACCCCUGGCAGACGACGCCGGGGUUUUCCUCCCAACUAGGAAAUAUGACAUCUCGGCCUGAUCUCUCGCUGGUUUUGGUAACAUGUGGUAAGAUCCCCGCAGCAAAACCUUUGACACUGUACUGGGACAGCCGAACCACGUUUGUGGUGUCUCUGGAAAGUUCAGAACACUCCACCAUUUCAGAGGGCCACCUCGAACUGUUACGGAAAACUACCCGCUUCUUUCUCUAUUCAGCGAGAACGACCAGUCCUCAUAACGAAGACAUUGCCGACUAUGCCCUUCUCGUGUCUCCUAAUGUUUCGUUUGAUGAUCUGGCAGAAUGGUUGGAUAUGAAUCAAGGGUCGCGCAAUUGCUUGGACCAGUAUGGUGAUGACGCAUCUGUCAUUCCACAUGGUUUUAUCAGAUGCGAAUCCCUCCAUGGCCAGCCCAACCUUUUCGUGUGUUGGGUGCAACCAACGGAAGGUUCAGAGUUGCAAUUGCUAUGCCGCCCUUUCCCCAGAAGGAAAAACCUGUUGCAUAGAGGUGGAUUGCCAUCCAAGGAGGCUCAGGUGCGUCUGGACGAGAAUGAAAUGGCUGAUGGAAAGCGCCUUCUGAUGGCUGAGAGCCUGCGUGAGACACUCCUUCGGCCUUCCUAUCCUAUGGACCUUGAAACCAUUGCGGAUGCUAUCACCUGCCCGUCUUCACGGUGGCCAAGCAAUUACCAGCGGCUGGAGUAUCUUGGUGACAGCAUCCUGAAGUUUGCUGUAUGUAUCCAACUUUACCACGAGUAUCCUCUCUGGCAUGAAGGAUAUCAGUCACAAGUGAAGAAUAGCAUUGUUUCAAACGGCUCGCUCACCCAGGCCGCUCUGAGUGCGAGACUGGACAGCUUCCUUCUUUACGCACCUCUCGCCACCCGGCGCAAAAUCAUGGCUGACGUGCUGGAGGCACUGAUCGGAGCUUCAUUUUUGGAUGGUGGAUAUCCAUCCGCAUGGUCAACCAUACACCGAUUUCUGGAACAGAUUCCAAAUUCGAUGCCGUCUUUGUCAGGACGCCAGACUCCCAGAAGUAGUUUGGUCAUUCCACCUGAAUUAGACGAGAAAAUUGACAUUUUGAUAGGUCAUAACUUUAGUGACCGUUAUAUCAUAUGGGAAGCCCUCACGCAUCCUUCAUGGCGGAGAGACACGAGCACGGGCUCCUACCAAAGACUAGAGUUUCUCGGAGACGCAAUUCUCGACAUGAUUAUAGCAAGACAGCUAUACCAAAGCAAACCUGAGCUGACUGAAAGUCAGAUGACGCAGAUCAAGGCUGCCAUGGUCAAUGGCAAUUUUCUCGCGUUCCUCUGUCUCGAUCUUGGAUUAGAGGAAGAUAUUGUGCAGAUCUGUGAAUUACGCAGAGGGGUCUUUGACCACGUCCUGCAGAAAGGUCGCUUGGAGCUUUGGAGAUUUAUGCGACAUGACAGUCCGGACAUCCCCGCGGUCCAACAAUCCUGCGUGAGUAGAUAUACUCAACUACGCGAGCUAAUUGGACAUCAUCUCUCCUCGAAGAACACAUACCCAUGGGCAACCCUGGCUCAACUUGGUGCGGACAAAUUUUUCUCUGACCUUAUAGAGAGCAUAAUUGGCGCUAUUUUCAUUGAUUCUGCGGGCCAAAUCGAGGCAUGCGAGGUAUUCCUAGAAAAAAUUCAACUGACAUGUUACCUAGAACGAGUGCUGAAGGAGCAGGUCCUGGUAGAGCACCCGCGGGCCAUCCUGAGCAAGAUGAUAGGAUCAAGCUCGGUCGAUUAUUAUAUCACGCGGAAUGUUGAAGAUACGUUGUUAUACGACGUUACUGUCACGGUCAAUGGUGAGGUGUUAGCGUACGUCUAUGGCUGCCUCUCAAAGGAUGAGUGCAUUGUGCGAGGUGAAAAUCUUGCGGUUGUAAAGUUAGAAAGCACACCCGCAUAG